AUGGGUUCCCUGGACCAGGACCAAAUCUAUGACUUUAUCAUCUGCGGAGGCGGCACCUCGGGCUGCGUGAUUGCCGGCAGGCUUUCUGAGUGCUCAGAUGUCAGCAUCCUCGUGAUAGAAGCCGGUCAAGAUUCCAAAAACCUCGAGAAUGUACACAUGGUUGGAGGGUCCUCGCAGCUUUUCGAAAAAGAAACAGAUUGGAACAUCACCAGCGAGCCCAGACCGGCCGUCAACGACAGGACCGUCAAGCUCACCCGCGGCAAGUUCCUAGGCGGCUGCUCCGGGUGCAACGCCACGCUCUGCAUCCGCGGGUCGCGGCAGGACUACGACGACUGGGGCGUCGAGGGCUGGAGCGGCAAGGAAGUCUUUGCCUACAUGCGCAAGGCCGAACGCUUCCACGGCAAGGACUGGUUCGACGCCUGCGAUUCCGAGCAUGGCACCGACGGCCCGCUCGACGUGGAGCCGUACGACCUCGCGCCCAUCUCCAAGCUGCUGUUCGAGUCCUUCGUCGACAAGGGUCUGCCGCUUGACGACGACUUGUUUACGCACGGCGACACCCCGCACGGCUGCGGACACAUGCUCAGGAGUGCGCACAAUGGUAUACGAUCUACCGCUGCAAAGUUUAUCACUAACAAGGCGCGGGCGCGGGGUGAUGUCAAGAUCAUGACCGAGACUCUUGUCGAUAAAGUUUUUAUUGAGAGGGUUGAUGGGGAGCUCAGAGCCACUGGGGUGCGAGCGGUCAAGGCAGAUGGAUCUAUCAUGGAUGUGAGAGCCCGUAAGGAGGUUAUUGUUAGUGGCGGUGCCUACUGCAGCCCCAACAUACUCAACCGCUCUGGGAUCGGCGCAACGGAGGAGCUGGGCAAGUUUGGCAUUAAGACGUUGGUGGAGCUGCCAGGCGUUGGCAAGAACUUGAUGGACCACCUGAUCAUCUUCUUGAUCUACGAGACCGAGCAGGAAGGCCUGACGGUCGACAAGGAGCUCUUCCACGGUGACGGGCUGGCCAAGUCGUACGCGCUCUGGAAGGAGCAGAAAGCCGGCAUCCUCGCGGGAUUCCCCGUCGGCUGCGCCGCCUUCGCCCGCCUCGACGAGCGGCUCUCCGACUCGGCCGUUUGGAACGACGCGCCGCGCGAGCCCGGCCGCGACCCCAUGGGCCUCACUCCGCGGCAGCCCAACGUCGAGAUCCUGUCGAUCCAGUGCUACGGCGGGCCCACGAGCUACACCGAUUUCCCCGUCGGCGGCCAGCACACCUUUUGCCUCGUGCCCAUGCUGUUCGGGCCGCGGUCUCGCGGCACCGUGGCGCUCCGGAGCGCAGAUGCAAAGGACGUCCCGGUCGUGGAUAAGAACUAUCUGGCUGAUCCGCUCGAUCUAGAGGUCAUGGCCGAGGCGUGCAGGUUUACCAAUGAAAUCGUCAUGGAAGGCAAGGGGACUAGGGGCGUCGUCAAGGGGUGGUGGCCGAGUAAUAUGACCCAUCACAGAUACACGACGCGGGAGGACUGGAUUCCGUUUGUCAGGGAGACCGGAACAACUUGCUUCCACCCGGGCGGUACCUGCGUCAUGGGCAAGACAGACGAUCCCAAGACCGUUGUUGACGCCAAGUUGAGGGUCAAGGGCGUCAAGGGUCUACGCGUUGCCGACUGCAGCAUUAUGCCCACCCUCAACGGAGGACACACGCAGAUGCCCGCAUAUGCCAUUGGUGAAAAGGCGGCUGACCUUGUCAAGGAGGCAUGGGGUCUUAAGUAGGGACACCAGGAGACCUUGCAUGUCUACUUCGAUAUUAUCGAGCGCUUUGCGUUCAUGAUUGUCAUUUACACCAAAGUUGAUCACCAUGAUUAAGUCCAUGACAGAAUUUGCAAAGCGGCCUCAGAACAUUCCCACAGUCACGGGCUCGCUCUAGAUUGCAUGUUUCUUCGCCUAGGUGCAUAGUAUUUCGAACGCUGUUGAUGAAGAUGGAG